CCAUAUAGGAGGAAUCAGUAGAAGAGGUCAGGUAAACAUAUCCCUACCUCUGAUAGUGGAGAAAAGCAGGCAUGCUCAGUGAGAUCAAACCACUCAUGCUUGUUAAUUUUUUUUAAUUCUUCAUAUUAGUUGAAAUCAGAUUGUUUGCUUAUGUGAUUUAUGCAUGUUAGACUCGACUUUUGUGUUCGCACUGCAAUGAAAUGCUUGCAGGUCGAUUUUCAAAUGAUCAGCCCUCCUCCCUGUUAGACACUCUUCCUCCUCUUUCUCGUCCUGUUGUGUUGCAAAGCAGACUCAAGGAAAUACUGUACUGAGCUUUAUUUCCUGUUAAAUGUUUACGGUAAAUUUGUAGUCGUUGUCAUUGUUGAGCUUGAUUGGCAUUGGCAGCUUUUUGUGUCAAGUGUGUGUGUGUGUGUGUGAGUGUGUGUUUCAUGUCUUACCAUUGACUGGGGCUGCAAUGAGUUAAAUCGCCACCGUGAUCUCAUAGCCACACACUACAAAUAGCAAAAAUAAUUAGAAAGGCAAAUUACUCAACUAUUAUGUUAUAAGUGUUACUGUGUUUUUACAAGGUUGUCAUUUGGCUGCUCUUUGCUGAAAUGAAAUGACAUCUUCACAGUUUUUAAUUGUAAUUUUGUGGCAACACACUCAUUUGAAUUUAAUACAAUUUUAAUCCAGUUUGAUUUCUUUUAAAUUGUCAACUCAAUGCAUACUACAACUCAAAUGAAGUUAAAGUUAUUUUAAAUGGUUGGACACACCAUGAAUAAAAUAUAUUUCUGUAAAGAUGCACUUUUGCAUUUGCUGAAUAAACGUGCCUUGAGUCAAGACUUGAACAGUGAUUAAAGUCAUGUUUGUGUGUUUUUGCUCUUCUGAUCACAUGUCACUUUUUUUUAGCAUUUUAAUGCUGUGCCUUCUCAUACCUGAUGCCAGUCAAUUGGACAAUACAAUACCAAUGAUAGGAUGUGUGUGUGUGUGUGUAUCCUCUUGGUUCACAUCUCGGCAUAUUUGUGCAUUUUGGGUAUACCUGAGCAGUAGUGGAAGACAGAUAGGCUUGUUUCAUGGUGUGCUGGUAGCAUGGAGCCAAGGGAGGUAAGCGCCUCUGGCUGUCGUAACCCCUUCUCUCCCUUUCCUCCCAUCCUCCCUCCCUUCCUCCCUUUCUGGCUGUCUGCUCCUCGGUGUGUCUCCAAAUACUGUAGCUCCCGCUUUACCUCCCACCUUCCUGUUGGCGGGCACGGGCCCAGCAGGGGAGCUCGCUGACAUGUCCUCAGUCAGAGAGAGCGAGAGAGAGAGGGAGCGAGAGACCUCUCUUGAUGAGUGCCAGGCUUGUAUAGAGAAUUCACAAAUGCGGUGAUGUACUAUUUUGCUAAAAUGCAUCUUAUAAAAUUCUUGCUGCACUAUAAAUGUGAUGCAUUCUAUUUCUGUGCAUGUGACGAAGGGCCGCAGUCGUCCGCUUGAAUCAGAUUGUGGUUUUUUGAAUGUGCAAAGCCAUGCAGUACUAAGACCGGUUCCUCCACUUGUCCUGCUGCUGAGGCCAUUAUGACGUGUCAUGUUAUCAGCAGUGGGCGGACCCGGGCUCAGCGGCAGGAGGAGGCAAAAGGAGGGUGGGAUGAGAUGACGGUCGUGCUCUCAGGUGUGUGUUUGUGAUCCUGAAUGGUAGCCUGCACUGUCUACAAAAAGCUUCAAUUCCUGUCCACUUUUCUCCCAAAUUCCUGCUUGUGUCCUUAGUUUCUUGUCUGUGACAUCCUUUUAUGUGUUUCAAGCAAAGUUGGCAGGGUAUUUUUGUGGUUUUGCUCUUUCUCAAUAUGUUAUCGUGUUAACAAUCACUGUAGGAGACUAGAUUUAUGACUCGAAAGAAGAGCAUGCGUGUGCAGCUGUAUUAGGGCUGGUGUGCAUUAUUUUAAACAUUAACACAUUUCUCAAAGUGCUUUAUUGUUUUUUUAUGCAAACUAGUUUUUAUAUGAGUCCACUGAUGCUGCAUGGCUCACAUUAUACAGGAGCCUCUGCGAGGAGGGAGAAUAAUCCUGUGUAGAAAUUGCAAAUUUGAUAUAUUCUUCACUCAAGGAUGCUCAUGAGCUGUCACAGACGAGGACACAAUAAUUCAAGUUUAAAUCAAAUUUCUUACAAAAAAUGAAUGCUGUGAUUAUGGAAGAUUGUCUACUCUGUGUGUUUAAUUAGAAUUCUAAUAUUAUCUGUCUGAUUUGUAGCAAACAUAGACGUUAGGUGGUGUUGUUGUGACUGUCAGGAGAUGUGAUCCAUGCCUAUUCAGAACCACCAGCAUCGAAGAGUGUGUGUGUAUAGCAUAGCGGCAACUAAUAGCUAUAUAUGCAUCCUAUUUUGGGCCACAGCAGCUAACACCGAGUGUUCCGGGACGGAAGAUAGGGCAGCUUCGCAUCAUUAGAGGACGCAAUUACACACCGGGCUAGAGGACUAGGCUCCGAGGGUUGCAAAAAUGGACCACAGCCUCCCAUAAGCCCACCCCUCUCUUGGACCCUGGAGGCCAGCAUUCCACCCUCCGCGCUAGCGCUUAUCAUCACAAAGGACAGAAUGCAUAAAAUAUGGAGGACGCUUAGACAGGUCGCCUUUCUCUCGCCAUACUGAGCCCUUGAACAAUACAUGGGCCCCUCUGGCCUGUGACUCUGACGACACACACGCCGUCUUUUUUAUCCUCGCCUAUUCCUUUGUCAUCCUCUUCCUCUUCCUCUACGUUACUGUGCUCUGCAGAGUGAUAACCGCACCGGCAUUGUUUAUCAGUGCCUGUGAAAGCUACUGUAUGUGUGUAUGAAAGAUUUAAUACAUAUUUUUGUUAGCUAUUGUAUUGGAUGUUUUUACCUUCUUUAUUACCUGCAAAUGACAUAUAAUUAACAUGUCCUCCUCAUCAAAGGUUAGAGAAUUUACUGACAAAUUAACACACAUUUACUGACCUUACAUUUUGGUUGGGGAAUAAGUAGCAUGAUUUGUUUUUGAUUUUUCUUUUAAAUAUUUUUUGGUUUGGUCAUCACUAAUUUACAGCAAGGUCACCCUACAUCAGGACACCCAUUAGGAGCAAAUGCAAUAUGUGUGUGUUUAUCUUUUGGACAGAUGAAAGAUUAAUGUAAAGCCAAAUAUUUCACACACUCUCAAGCUUGCAUUGCAUGUCAUUUUCUUUAAAAAAAAGACUAUCAUGACUGCCUUAUGUUUUUUUUAUAUUAUGUGUUAUGAUUUUUUAAAUUACUGUAUUCUUACAAAAUUGUUUCCUUGCUGUUUUGAGCUACAUACUCAAUGAGUACAGCAGUCUGCUUCCGACAGGCUUUUUUAUUUCUGUCUCGCCAUGCAUGUGUGAUAGCUGAGCUGUUGGAAUGUACUGUUCGGAUAUGCCGGACCCGAGGUCUAUGGCACUUCCUCUCUGUGUACUUUACAGCUUAUCCUCCUUGGGAUUACGGAGAGAAGAAAAGAAAAGAGCUAACACUGGAGCGCCCUCUCACUCUCACACCCUUCUUCCUCAUUUUUCACGACUCACGCGCACAAUAAAUUCCUGACAAAAAGUGUAAUUCACUUGCAAAUGUGCAGUAGUCAUGUCCAUGCUGCAUGUGAGGGGAAAGAGUGGGAGAAGGAGAGCGAGGAGACGAUAGAGGGAGGGGCCGUAAUGCAAAGACAUAGAGGCACAAGGCGGCAUAUUUCACUAAGAGACGAGGCUGAGGUGAAGCUACCGGCUGCCUCUUUCUGGUCAGGAAGCGAAACUCCAUCCACCCCUUGGUGGAUUCAGUAGAGCUUUGAGCACAUGUAUUGUUUUUUUUUAUAUCUAAUAUGUGUGUUUGUAAAAAGGUGCCAUAUGCUCCGUGUAUACAUUUUAGCUCACUAUUUGUCAUUCCUUGUGCUCCAGGGGACUGGCGGGUCAGCAGUGAAGGGGUUAAGGAGCAGGGAUAGCCCUGUUUUGUCUCUGUGGCCUUCUUUGCCAUUGUUGUGGUGGAAUUGAGCUUGGUGCACCUCACUUGGCCUCUAUGUGCUGUAGCCUCUAUAGUGCUCUCAUGUCAGCGCUAUUUUAUAGCUUCUGCAGCUGUAUAUUUCCCUUUUCUUUGCACAUACACACUCUGUACACAUGGUAAUGCAACAUACUGCAGAUGUAACAUCAUCCAUGCAUGGCAUCCUUUGAUGUGCAUGUGCUAUUUUUUGUCAACUUGACACUUUGUGUGAAAUUAUAUGCUCUUCGUGUAAAAAUAUUUUGGUAAUAAUUUUCCUGCAUGCAAUGACACAAUACAGAACAACAAGAUAAAUGACUGCUUAUACCAUUUGAAGCUAUCACCUCAAUGACAAGCCAUUGUACCCCUAAAGGUACAGUCAUAUACUUUACAUUCAACAGAAGGGUUAUAUUCUAGAACGCUUGUGAGGCAAACAGACACCAUCCAUGUAUUCGUACCUGGGCUCUGUUAUAUUAUUUUACACUUGUGUUCACUUGAUUUGUUUUGCUGACAAUAAUGAUGCAAAUAUCAUGAAUAAUUUACUUUCAGGUUUCAGAUUUGAGAAACAUACAAUAUCAACGCACCGUGUUGGAGGUGCUGCGUUUGAUUGUUUAUAGCCCACAGUCGCUGCAGACGUUGUAAUUAAAAAAAAAAGAAGAUGCACUCUGCAUCUGCCAGCCUCCCAGCUCAUCAAAUAAGCAUAUAGCAGCAAGCAUGUCGGUGGGUUUAUGAAGGAAUUUUGAAUUAUAAUUAUAAAUGGCACUGUCUGAAUGUGUAAAGCUUUUAUGCCAGGUAUCACACAGGCUAUAUUAAAUGUUGUACUAGUAUAGACUCUAACAAACAUUUCAUCACCAUAACUUAGUGCAGUAUCUCAACAUCAUGGCUGUCUGGUUAGGAGUAUGAUGGUUUGUCACUGGGUAAACAAUGUCCCGCUUUUGUUCCCUUGAAACCUGACCUUUACAGCAUAGGAACAUACCUGGACCUUGUUGGCUCUGCAAAAAAAGGUACAAACAGUUACCUUGAAGCCAAUUAAUUAGCCCUAUGUGGUACGUUAGUGCAGAUUGUAUACCUAGAGGGAUGCCUAAUAUUUGUACCUCUGAAGUUCCUCUACUGUGUUUUUUAGCUUCAUACUUUUCCUUAAAUAUAUGAUUCCCACCCUGGAUCUCACUGUACCCAUCACAAAUGUACUCUCUGCAUUUCCCUGUGGUAAUUGAACAAACAUAAGGACCUCAGUGUCUCAUAAUAAAUUGAUUAAAGAAAGGCUCGCACAAAGCUAUACCAACAAAAAAAAAAACAAGAAUGUAGAAUAUAUGGCUGCAUCUGGAGAUGAGCUGCACUCUCUCCCCUUGGCAACAUGUUUUACUGUAUAUUUAUACACUUUAAUAGCAGUGCUUGCGUGCCGGCUCUCAUUCUUCACCCUCUCCGGCAGCAUAUGAUCAAAUUUGCUGUUUUGUGCCCAGUGGCUCAUAGCAGGGACAGUGCUGUGUGAUUUACAUAUUUAACAUGGAGCCCUCUGCUACUGCUUGCUACUCAUUCAGAUGUGCAGUGGUACAGAGCAAAGACUGGACCUAGGUGGUCUACAGGGAAUAAGCCAGGUCCCAAGGGAAUGGAGCGGGGCCAGACGGCCGCGACAGACAGGUGACCUCGGCCUUGUGAUGUCGUUUACGUUGUCUGGUUGCCACGGUAUCCAUUUGCUUUAAUGAAUGAAGAUUGAAAGUGAGGCUUUGGUUUAUGCAGCCUUUCUCUAUGAAUUUGCUCAGUUUAUGGCAAUGUAUUCAUGAAUAAACACAUUAGAUAAAUCUCCUAAGCCCUGAUAUUAGUGGUGGCAAUAUACAAAUACAUUUGUUUUGGUAGGCAGUUAAAGAAAACAGUCAGAUCACAUAUAGGAAGUCAGCCUGUGGCCACAGCUAGAAUUGAAACGGAUACCGGGUGUUACACCACUAUAACACAUUGUGUUUCCUCUCCUCAUACACACUCACACACAUCCUAUGCUUAAAAAAGGUUUAUUUUGGCAAGCAUCUCUAAAGAUCCACUCUAGCCGUGUAUCUGUAUGAGGAGAAUAGAAGUGAAAUGGGCCCCUCUCACUACUUGCUUUGUGUUGCGGCCAGGUGCUUCCUCUUGUCGGAUCUUGCCCUGUUGUCAUAUGACAGGCCUGGAUGCGAUGAACGCCUCAUGUAGGCAUCAGCAUGGACAGCUGUGAGUCUCCCGUGUUUUCUGGGACAGACGAUGGGCUCAGCUCCUCCCAGCAGCAGCAACUUCCACAGCCCUGGAGCGAUCACUCAAGCCUGCAGGUUCCUUGCACCAACCAGGCCCCUUCCCUGGACCCGCUGUCUUUCUCCGCUCCUUAUCCUUCUCAACCCCCAAACCCUAGCGCUCUUCAUGACGAGCUGAGAGAACUACAGUCCCAGCAUCAACAGCCAAAACAAACAGCCCAGGCCCAUCGUGAAAGCCCUGCCACCAGUCAGCUGCAUUCCAAGAGAGAAGGUCUUGAGGAAGAGGAACACGACGGCGUGAGCUGUGGAGAAGAGGAAGAAUCAGAGGACUUGGAUGAAAUGGAGAUCGACAGCUGUUUCCCCAGUCUUCAACCAUUUUCCGGGGUACCUAUGGCUCCAGGAGGAGGGGGCAUGCCUACCCUUCUGCGCCAUCAGCCCACACAACAGCAGGGCAUGCCUGAAAGUGGAAGUGAGGAAGGAGAGGAGGAAGAGGAAGAGGAAAGUAGUGAUGUAGAGAAUUUGGCUGGAGAGAUAGUCUACCAACCAGAUGGCUCAGCCUACAUCGUGGAGAGCCUCAGUCAGCUGAUCCAAAGCGGUGGGAGCACGGUUCCCGGCCUACUUCCCACAAAUUCUCUCAAUAGUGGAGGAAAAACGGGAGAACCUGCUGGGACAUCAUCCUCAGUCUACCCUCAGAUCAUCAACACGUUCCACAUAGCCUCGUCCUUUGGGAAGUGGUUUGGCAAUUCAGACCAAGGUUUCUCCAAUACCUCAACCAUGGCAGGCCUCAGUCCUGUCCUGCACAGUUUCCGUGUCUUCGAUGUGCGGCACAAAAAUAACAAGGAUUACCUUAAUAGCGAUGGGUCUGCCAAGACGUCCUGUGUAUCCAAAGAUGUUCCAAACAAUGUGGAUUUAUCCAAAUUUGAUGGUCUGGCCCUCUAUGGGAAGGGUAAGCCAAUUCUCAUGUGUUUUCUCUGCAAGCUGUCCUUUGGUUACGCGCGUUCCUUUGCUACUCACGCUGUCCAUGACCACCGCAUGACGCUAUGUGAAGAUGAACGCCGUCUGCUAGGGGACAAGCAUGCAUCUGCUAUCAUCCAGGGCAUCGGGAAAGACAAAGAGCCCCUCAUCAGCUUCCUGGAACCAAAAAAUAAAAGCUCUCCUGUGCCACCUCCCCUGCUUCCUGUGAACUCUGGCCAGAGCUUUUACGGCACAUUUAGUGGUGUCCAUCUAGAGUCUGGAAGCAGCAGUGGGGGCAGCGAGACUCUCUUCAACAAAGACUCUGACUCUGGCCUCCAGCAGCAACAGCAGCAGCAGCAAACCCCGCUAAGCUCUGUCUUGUCUCUUGGAAGGCUGGGCACUCCCAAAGCAUCCACUCUUUCCUCUACCCCAGGCUCUGCCAAAGACUCCAGUGCCCUGUCGAAACAUGGGGGAAGAACAGAGGAGCCUGCUGGGAAAGAGAUGGCUUGCAAGGGAAAAGACAGGGCCACCGAAGGCCAUGGGAGUACAACACACCUAUCUAGCCAGAUGAGGGGUUCAGGAGAAGAGCAACUGUCAUUAGGGGAAGACGAUGAGGUGGAGGCAAAAGGCACAGUUGUGACCGGUGGUGUUAACAGUAGCAGUGGUGGAGGUGAAGCAGGGGAACCAGCUGUCUCAAACCAAAGCAUUUCCAAAUCUCCUUUAUUAAUGCCUAGUAGCACUCUCCAGCCUUCUGCCUGCACCCCUGCAGCCAGUUACACACUAAACAGCAAAUCCCCUGCUUCCACUUCGUGCUCUGUCAAGGAGGAGGUUUCAGCUACAGAUGGUGAGGGGAGAUCCUCAGAACUCCCUCUGAGCUUUAACUGCCAGGGAUCUAUGGUUCCCAUGGCAAUGGCAGCAGCCAAUGUCAGAAAGAGUGAGGAUGACACUGUUGGCACUUCCUCCUCACCUCUGUCCUCUAAUGCUGCUGCUGAUGAAAGUGCCAGUCGAGAUAGUGCCACAGCUCCAGAACCAAAUGAUUGCCCAGCUGAGGAAGAGGAGGAAAAUGGAUCCCUUCUGCAGCAGCACCACAUGCACCACCAUCAUCAUCACUUGCAUCCAUCAUCUCAUAGCCACACUCACCCACAACCCGGAGGUUCCUGUGACAUUACAGGGGUGAAUGACUGUUCGCAGAACCACGGACCCAGUGGCGGUGUGGGAAGUGGAGUCGAGUGCCCUAAAUGCGACACGGUUCUAGGUUCCUCGCGCUCCUUGGGUGGUCACAUGACCAUGAUGCAUUCGCGUAAUUCAUGCAAGACGCUAAAGUGUCCCAAAUGCAACUGGCAUUACAAAUAUCAACAGACCCUGGAGGCCCACAUGAAAGAAAAGCACCCGGAUUCGGGAGGCUCCUGUAUGUACUGCAGCAGUGGUCAAAGCCACCCUCGUCUGGCUCGUGGAGAAAGCUAUACCUGUGGAUACAAACCUUUCCGAUGUGAGGUGUGUAACUACUCAACCACCACCAAGGGUAACCUAAGCAUCCACAUGCAGUCGGAUAAACACCUGAACAACAUGCAGACGUUGCAGAAUGGAGGCUCAAUUGGAGCUGCACAGGAACAGGUGUUUGGACAUGGCCCAGGUGGCGUGGUGGCCGUGCCCACAGUGACCCAGGCCAGUAGCCAUCAUCCUGCCCACCACCACCCCACACAGUCCUCUUCCCAUGUAACUGGACCGUGUGGGGCUCCCUCACCGACCAAGCCAAAGAACAAACCUACUUGGCGCUGUGAGGUAUGCGACUAUGAAACCAACGUGGCACGGAAUCUCCGUAUCCACAUGACCAGCGAGAAGCACAUGCACAACAUGAUGCUCCUCCAGCAGAACGUGACUCAGAUGCAGCAUGGCCGACUAGCGCUGGGAGCGAUGCCCUCGCCCUCCGAGGCUGAGCUCUACCAGUAUUACCUGACCCAGAAUAUGAGCCUACCACCUGGCCUCAAGAUGGACCCAACAGGAGCAGAGGCCCAGUUCUUGAUGGGGGGCUUUUCUUUAGAUCCCAGCAUGGCUGCCUUGGCCCCUGCACUUGUAGGUGGAGAAAUUCCUAUGGACAUGCGACUGGGCAGCGGGCAGCUGGUGUCUGAAGAGCUGAUGACGCUGGGAGAAAGUCUAUCACAAACCAGCGACCCGUCUCUUAAACUCUUUCAGUGCGCCGUGUGCAACCGCUUUACCACUGACAACCUGGAUGUACUGGGCCUCCACAUGGGUGCAGAGCGCAGCCUGCCUGAAGAGGAGUGGCGAGCCGUGUUGGGUGACUCUCACCAGUGCAAGCUGUGCCACUACACCACUCAGCUCAAGGCCAAUUUCCAGCUGCACUGCAAAACAGACAAGCAUGUUCAAAAGUACCAGCUUGUGGCCCAUAUUAAGGAAGGAGGCAAAGGCAAUGAAUGGCGAUUGAAAUGUGUGGCCAUCGGCAAUCCAGUGCACCUGAAGUGCAACGCUUGUGACUACUACACCAACAGCCUGGAGAAGCUGAGAAUGCACACGGUCAAUUCCCGACACGAGGCCAGCCUCAAACUAUACAAGCACCUGCAGCAGCACGAAAACGCAGUGGAGGGUGAUGCCUGCUACUACCACUGCGUGCUGUGCAACUACUCCACCAAGGCCAAGCUCAACCUGAUCCAGCAUGUGCGUUCCAUGAAGCACCAGCGCAGCGAAAGCCUCAGGAAGCUGCAGCGCUUACAGAAGGGCCUGCCGGAGGACGACGAAGACCUCAGCUCCAUCUUCACUAUCCGCAAAUGCCCCUCGUCAGAUACAGGAGAGCUGAGUGAGGAUGUGGAGGCUGCUAGUGAGACCACCACAGACCAGGAGGACCAAACCAAAGACAGAGAAAGUGGGGGGGAGAAGGAGCUCACCAAAGGGACAGCAGUGUCCAUCCACGCGGAACAACGUCAGUCAGAUUCCCCGAUUCCAAGCAAAAGGCCCUCGUCACGGUCGGAGACCUCUGAGACCCCACUCUCCUCAAAGCGUCCCCGGACUGCUGAAAAGCAAGCUGCAGAGCAGAUGUACCAGUGCCCUUACUGCAAGUUCACCAACACAGACCUGAAUCGUCUCAGAAUGCACGUGAUGACACAGCACUCUGUCCAGCCCAUGUUACGCUGCCCGCUGUGUCAGGACAUGCUCAACAACAAGGUCCACCUGCAGUUCCACCUCACGCACCUGCACAGUGUCGCACCCGACUGUGUCGAUAAGCUCAUUGCCACGGUGACUGCAACUGAUGUUCUCCCAGCAAGCAUGUUCAUACCUGUGCCUGGUCCAGAAAGAGAGACCCCGAACCCUUUGCAUGCUGUUGCUAACGCUGAAGAUACAAAGAAACAAGGUGAUUCACCAGAUGCUGAUCUUGAGAAGGGUGUUUCACUCCCAACAGAAAUAGCUGAAGCUCACAAGUCCCCUCUAGAAGAUCAACAAACGGAGAAGGAUGAUUCAACUGGAUUCCUGUGCUGGAAGAAAGGCUGUAAUCAAGUGUUCAAGUCAUCCAACUCUCUCCAGAUGCACUUCAAUGAAGUUCACAACAAAAGGCCCCAGCUGCCUGUUUCAGAUCGCCAUGUCUACAAGUAUCGUUGUAACCAAUGCAGCUUGGCCUUCAAGACGGUGGAGAAGCUCCAGCUCCAUUCCCAGUACCAUGUGAUUCGAGCAGCCACCAUGUGCUGCCUCUGCCAGCGGAGCUUCAGGACACUACAAGCACUGAAGAAACAUUUAGAAACCAGCCACCUGGAGCUGAGUGAAGCUGAUAUCCAGCAGCUGUAUGGUGGCUUAUUGAUGAAUGGAGACAUUAUGGUCAUGAGUGACGUAGCCCUUGCCGAUGAGCAUGGAGGUCUGGGAGAAGAUGACAAAGACGGAGAUGAGAGUGACUUGGAGGAAAAGCAAAGCCCAACAGGCAGUGACUCUGGCUCACUACUGGAAGAUUCCGGAUCUGAACCAAAGCGUGCUUUGCCAUUCAGAAAGGGCCCCAACUUUACAAUGGAGAAGUUCUUGGAUCCAUCUCGUCCUUUCAAGUGCACCGUCUGCAAAGAGUCAUUCACACAGAAAAACAUUCUUCUGGUUCACUACAACUCUGUCUCCCACCUGCACAAGGUGAAGAGAGCGCUUCAGGAAUCUACUACUGGUCAACCAGAGCCUACAAGCAGCCCUGACAGCAAGCCAUUUAAGUGUAACACUUGUAAUGUGGCAUAUAGCCAGAGUUCUACUUUGGAAAUCCACAUGCGCUCCGUGCUGCACCAAACAAAAGCAAGGGCAGCCAAACUAGAAGCUGCAGGAGGGAUACCAAGCUCUGCAAGUGCUACUGGUGCGAGCGGUGGAAACACUACCAUUAGCACUUCAACAAGUCCAAGCCCAGCAAGCAAUUCAACAGCAAACACAACCAACCACAAUUCUUCUGGGUCUCAAACAGCUCAGAGUCUUCUUGGAGGAAACCACACAUCCCAGAGUCAUAGCAAUGAGACUAGCAGCUCCAUCAGCAGCCGUUCCUCGCCAUCGGAGAACAGUGAUGCAAAAAAGGCUAAAUAUGCAGACAUGCUGUCUGCAAGGGGGCAACAACAGCUUCAGCAACAACAACAUUUAGCUCAAGCUCAAGCCCAAGCCCAAGCCCAACUUCAACAAGAGCUCCAGCAGCAGGCUGCUCUUCUGCAAUCUCAGCUCUUUAACCCAGCACUUCUGCAGCACUUCCCCAUGACAACUGAUGCACUUCUCCCCUUGCAACAGCAGCAGUUGCUGUUUCCUUUCUAUAUCCCUGGAGCAGAAUUUCAGCUAAACCCGGAGAUCAACAUCAGUAAUUCAGCACUUGGACUAACAGGAUCAACCACCUCGCUGCUAGAAGAUCUCAAAAACUCAGCCCAGCAGAGCUGCUUACAGCAGCAACUGAUGCAUCACCAUCUUCAGCAGCAGCAGCCUCACUCACAGGUUCAAGGUCAGAUGGCAUUGCUGCAGCAGAGUGCUUCUCUCCACCAGCAACUUGAAAAAAAGCAGAAGCCGACCUCUCAAACCGACAAAGACAAAGAUACUCAAAGAGAAAAGGACAUGACUGAAAAAAACGAGGACGGCAACAAAGAUUCAAUGGACAAAUUAAAAGAAAAGAAGGAACUUCAACAUAUUUCAACCAAUAUAAACCAUGACUCCGGCUUACUUCCACCAAGGAUUGCAUCAGAUGCUCGUGGAAAUGCAACCAAAGCCCUGCUAGAAAAUUUCGGGUUUGAGUUAGUGAUUCAGUAUAAUGAAAAUAAACAAAAAGCUCAGAAAAGGGGAACUGGGCCUACAGGAUCAAGUGGACCAGGUGGAAUCACAAGAGUGGUGGAUCCCGUCGAGGGAUUAGAGAAACUGGAAUGUGAAGCCUGUGGCAAGCUUUUUUCCAAUAUACUGAUUCUAAAGAGCCACCAGGAGCAUAUCCACCAGGCUUUCUUUCCAUUCCGAUCCCUUGAGCGAUUCGCCAAGGAAUACAGAGAGAAUUAUGAUAAACUAUAUCCACUGAGACCCUCCACACCAGAGGCUGCUCCAGCUCCUCCACCUCCUCCCCCUCCUCCUCCACCCCAACGAGCUCCCACACCAAAUAUUCCCGUCUCUGCGGCCUCACUCACACCUCCGACUGUACCUACUCCACAGCCUCCAGUUCCAAUGCCUCAAAUUCCCAUGCCAAUGGAUUUGCCGAUCUUCUCACCACUAAUGAUGCAGCCCAUGUCUCUCCAGUCCUUGCCCACCCAGAUGCCCCCUCAGCUACCAUCUGUUGAACCUUCUCUGGCCUCCGACUUGGCCCAGCUGUACCAACAACAGCUCACUCCAGCCAUGCUACAGCAGCAACAGAACAAGAGGCCACGGACACGUAUCACAGACGACCAACUUCGGGUUCUGCGACAGUACUUUGAUAUUAAUAAUUCACCUAAUGAAGAACAGAUUAAAGAGAUGGCAGAUAAAUCAGGACUGCAACAAAAAGUCAUCAAGCACUGGUUCAGAAACACCCUUUUCAAAGAGCGACAACGCAACAAAGACUCGCCAUACAACUUCAAUAAUCCGCCAACCACCACACUCGAAGAGACUAAAAUUGACUCUAAACCUCCUUCUCCUGAACCGCAAAAGCACGAUUUUUAUGGAAGUAAACGGUCUUCUAGAACUAGGUUUACUGACUACCAGCUGAGAAUCUUGCAAGAUUUCUUUGAUGCCAAUGCAUAUCCUAAAGACGAUGAGUUUGAACAGCUUUCCAAUCUUCUGAGCCUUCCUACUCGUGUCAUUGUCGUUUGGUUCCAAAAUGCUCGCCAGAAGGCGAGGAAAAAUUAUGAAAACCAGAGUGACGGCGGGAAAGAUGGCGAGAGACGAGAACUGUCAAACGACCGAUAUAUUCGCACCUCAAAUCUGAACUACCAGUGCAAAAAAUGCAGCUUGGUAUUCCAAAGAAUAUUUGAUCUCAUAAAACACCAGAAGAAGCUGUGCUACAAAGACGAGGAUGAAGAUGGGCAAUAUGACAGCCACAAUGAGGAUUCCAUGGAUCUGUCUAAUGAAAGUUAUACUCCCUCUGGUUCUUCCUGCCACACCCCAAUGCCCUCCUCUUCAAGUCUCUGCCCACUGCCACCCUCCACCUCAGCAUUCAUGCACCUCUCUUCAGCUGAUAAGGAUGAGGCUUCACCAGCAACCACCUCAAACCUUCAUGAGGAAAAGUCAAAGGAGCUAACAGACAUUUCUGCUGAUCCCCAAGAAAACAAAACAUCUAUCAAGCAGGAAAAUGUUCUCCAAACCCAUUCUGAAUCACAACAGCAGAGAAAUCCGAGAGAAGAGAAGAUGCAGUCACUUUCAAAGCCGAACAAACAUUCAUCUCCUUCCUUCACACAACAACAAAGUGGACCAUCAGCCUCACAGACAAGCCAGGCUCCCCCUCAAAGCUCCCACAUAAGCCACAAUCCACAUCUGAGCUCUGCUACAAAUCAAAUGGCCCAGCAGAUGAUCCCAUACCAGUGUGAUCAGUGCAAGAUUGGCUUCCCUUCUUUUGAGCACUGGCAGGACCACCAGCAAUUACACUUCCUUUCCGUGCAGAAUCAGUUUAUCCACCCACAAUUUCUUGACCGGCCGAUGGACAUGCCUUUCAUGCUAUUUGACCCGAGCAAUCCUCUCCUGGCAAGUCAGUUACUCUCUGGGGCAAUGCCCCAGAUCCCCAGCAGUUCUGCCACCUCUCCUUCCACACCCACCUCCACCAUGAACUCCCUCAAGAGGAAGCUCGAGGAAAAAGCUGGCACAAGUCCAGGAGAGAAUGACAGCACAAACAGUGAAGAGCCACAGAGAGACAAACGGCUUAGAACCACCAUCACACCGGAACAGCUAGAGAUACUCUAUCAGAAGUAUCUAUUGGAUUCUAACCCUACACGCAAGAUGCUUGACCACAUUGCCCAUGAGGUGGGGUUGAAGAAAAGAGUAGUGCAAGUCUGGUUUCAAAAUACCAGAGCCAGAGAGAGAAAAGGCCAGUUUAGAGCAGUGGGGCCAGCUCAAGCUCAUCGAAGAUGCCCUUUUUGCAGAGCUCUUUUUAAAGCAAAAACGGCUCUUGAGGCACACAUUCGCUCUCGCCACUGGCACGAGGCCAAACGGGCUGGCUAUAAUUUGGCCCUGACUGGUAUGCUACCUGAUCAGGAGGGCAUGCAAAUAAAGUUGGAUGCCUUGGAAUCAAGCUAUUCCCAAAUGGCUUCAUCAAAUAUGGAUGGACAAAGCUCUUCGAUGUCUCCUGUCAACAGAGGAAUGGAUUUGUCUCCCAGGGCUCUACUGAGUCCUUCAUCCAUUAAAGUUGAGGGAAUGGAAGAAUUUGAGAAUGCAGCCAUGUCUUCUGUGAAUCUCAGCUUUGAUCAAAACAAGCUGGAUAACGACGACUGUUCCUCUGUGAAUACAGCCAUCACAGAUACAACAACAGGUGAUGAGGCUAACGCCGAUAAUGACAGUGCUGAUGCAAAACACAGCCAAAGUAGCAGUGAUUACCUGUCAAAGCAGGGGUGCACUGCCCCCAUCCUUGAAAAUGAUGACCAGAUGUCCUCCGGGCUCGUCAGCCCUGCAACAAGCUAUUAUGCUAAGGACUAUGAAAAUGAACAUAUUAUUGACCACAGCGAGACAUCCAGUCUGGCUGAUCCUUGCUCGCCAAGUCCUGGAGCCUCAGGUACCAGGAGCAUUGACAGUGGAGAUCGUCCUGGCCAAAAGCGCUUCCGAACCCAGAUGACCAACCUCCAGCUUAAAGUAUUGAAGUCCUGUUUUAAUGACUACAGGACCCCCACCAUGCUGGAAUGCGAGGUACUUGGCAAUGAUAUUGGACUUCCAAAGAGAGUGGUUCAGGUGUGGUUUCAAAAUGCCCGUGCCAAGGAGAAAAAGGCGAAACUUAACAUGGCCAAGCACUUUGGAAUCAAUCAAACAUCCUAUGAGGGGCCAAAGACUGAAUGCACUUUGUGUGGUGUCAAGUACAGUGCCCGCCUCUCUGUCCGCGAUCACAUAUUCUCCCAGCAGCACAUCUCCAAGGUAAAGGAUACCAUUGGCAGCCAGAUCGAUAAGGAAAAAGAAUACUUUGACCCAGCUACUGUCCGUCAACUUAUGGCUCAGCAAGAAAUGGACCGAAUUAAGAAGGCCAAUGAGGUUUUAGGAUUGGCGCAGCAGCAGGCCAUGCAGCAGCAGGGGAUGUUUGAUAACCCAGCAAUGCAGGCGCUGAAUCUACAGUCAGCCUAUUCCAAUCUGCAAGGCAUUCCACCAGUCCUCUUGCCCGGGGUUGGAAGCCCCUCUCUUUCCAGCUUUAACUCCUCUAAUUCAGCUUUAACUCCUCCAAAACCUUCAAACCUGCUAAACAUGCCUGGUGCCGGUGUUCCAUCGCCAAGCCUCCCCACAUCCGGAUUGCCCAACAAGCCGCCCUCAUCAUCAUCCCUGUCCACAUCGAGCCCAGCACAGACCAACACUUCUGUUUCCACCUCAAACCCCACCUCCACAUCCAACUCCGCUUCUUCGACCAGCCAGUCCAUCUCCCGUCCCGAACACCCCAAAGAGCAUGAAGGCGAGAGGUUAAGAGACAAAGACAAGCCCAAGGAUAAGGCAGAGAAGCCCUCAACUCCAUCAUCAACUGGAGGCACCCCUGCCCCUUCUACUUCUGCUGCCAGCGCCAAGAAAGAAAAAACAGAUCCUGCUGUUCCGGCCACCUCUAUGCCAACUCCUGGUAUGGAGUAUGUGGUAGACCCUGCCCAGCUUCAGGCCCUGCAGGCUGCAUUGGCUUCGGACCCUACUGCUCUUCUCACCAACCAGUUCUUGCCCUAUUUCAUGCCUGGCUUUUCCCCGUACUACACCCCUCAGAUCCCAGGUGCUCUCCAAGGGGGUUACCUGCAACCGAUGUAUGGUAUGGAGAGUCUUUUUCCCUACAACCCCGCCUUGUCACAAGCACUGAUGGGCCUUUCUCCAGGCUCUCUGCUGCAGCAUUACCAGCAAUAUCAGCAGAGCUUGCAAGAAGCACUACAGCAGCAGCAGCGGCAGCUUCAGCAGAUCCAGCAACCCAAGGCAAGCCAAAAUCAAGCCCCCUCUAAAUCCUUGGGGGAUCGGAAAGAGUCUGCCAAAGAUCCAGCGAAAACAGAGGAGAAAAAGGGCAACCCUCAUACUGCAUCCCCAACUACCCCUUCCACAUCCUCCCCGUCGAAUAAAGUACACACUGCGCAGAAUGACUUGGAUGGCAAAGCUGUGGACCCCCAUCUGGACCAAUUCAUCGUCCCCAAGGUGCAGUACAAACUGGCAUGCCGGAAGUGUCAAGCAGUUUUCACCAAGGAAGAAGCGGCUAUUACCCACCUUAAGUCUAACUGUUUUUUUGGUCAGUCUGUGGCAAACCUGCAAGAGAUGUUGCUGCGUGUACCCAGCGGCGUAGGUGCAGGGGCUGGAAGUCUCUACGACUGCCUGGCUUGUGACACUACGUUGGAUGGGGAAAAAGCACUCAGUCAACACCUGGAAUCAGCUUUGCACAAACACAGAACAAUCAAGCGAUCAGCCAGAAAUGCCAAAGAGCUCGCUACUAGUUUAUUACCUCACUCUUCAGCCUGCUUCCCCAAUCCUAACACCACAUCUACCUCGCAGUCUGCCACUCAUCCCAUCAGCAGCCCCACUCCGCCGCCAACAACAUCAGCCACCAUGCCAUGCUCUGCCGUGUCCGCCACCCUUUGCUCGUCCUCCUCCACUUCUUCCUCCAGCACCCAGCUCAACGCCACGGCUUCCGGCAAACCCUGGCCCCAGGCCCCUUUCUCCAGAGCUUUAGUCGGGAAGCCCAAUGCCAGUCCCUCCUCUGCUUCUUCCUUGUUUCCAGUGUCCUCACCCUCAACGGUUACCUCAAGUUCAUUGAGCACCUCAGGAGUUCAGACCUCGAUACCAACAGACGUCUUUACUGACGAGUCUGACUCUGACAGCAGUCAGAAGUCAGCAGACAGGCUGGGCAGGACGGCGGACAAGCCGCAACAACCUGGCUUUGUCAAAGACAGUAGUUCUUGUAGUAGUAAUCUUACUAGCGUAGGAACAGACUCCAUCAGAUUGUAAAAGAUCUUUCGGUGAUGGACAAUGUUUAAAAAAACACAAAAAGGAAAAAAAAACACACAAAUGGGAAAAAAAACAUAAAAAACAGCAAUGUUAAAUACGUUAAAGGUAUACAAACCAAUUUCAGAAAAAGAUGUAAAGACUUACUGCAAUUCCAAAGCUUGUAACCAAAAAUUUUAAUGUUAGUGGAUUGUUUUCCCAUAUCAACAUGCUGGUUUUCAUUUUGUUUCCCUUUGCUCAACUGAAACACAUACAUAUUGAUAUAUGAGAGGAGAAAAGAUCGCUGCAGAGGAAUGCUGACAAAUGGCCCGAGAAAGAAAGAAAGAAAAAGUCAGAGUGAAGAAAAUGUCCUUUUGUUUCAUAAUAAUUUAUAUUGACUAGCGCACUCACAAAAAGCCAGUAUGUGCUGUAUGGGAGAAUAGUCUGGUCCACGUUCUUGCUAUUUAAGCAUUCAGAUACCAAUGGCUUGCAAAAGUAAAAUAAUAAUGUAUUGUCUAUUUUAUUCUCAGGUCAAGAGAUCACAAAUGUUUUCUUCUGUUACACAAAUCCAUGUUUUACACUUUUUUUUUAUUUCUUCAUAUCUUCAUUUACUUAUUUUAAUUAGAGUGAAAAUUGAUUUGGCGUUCUUCUGGGCAUUAAAUCGGCAGUUAAUUGGCUGAGUCGAACUCUUGCAAAAAGAUUAAAUGGAGGAGAAUUGUUGUCCAUUCAUACCAGACAAAGAGAACAUUGCAGACAUACGAAUGGGCCAAAAUGAGUUUUGAUGAAUAAGAAGAAAAAGAACCCAGCACCCUGUGUAUUUAUGAUAGUUCAGAAUAUUUUUGGUGUUACAUAAAUUGUUGCAUUGGAAAUGAAUUCAAGAAGUAUGGUAGGUUUGUGUACAUUUAGCUUUUGUAUUGUCCAACUUAAAGACACUUCAUUUGAUGUCGUCUUGGUCAUUCCGAUAGAUUAGAUGAUGAUUGGCAGAUCAUUGAUCAACGCUGUCUUAUUCUCAACCUUGUCGGGAUACAUUCACCCGAAUUCCCUUCCCGAUAAGGCAGGAACCUCUUAAUGGGUUAUUUAAAAUGUAUGGGUCAGUUGGUACUGCAUCAGCUGAAAGAAAAGAAAAUGCUAUAGGUGAAAUGUUGAAAAUGUUAUUUUAUUUAAGUUCAUGUUACCUUUGUGCACUUAUUACUGUCUGACUCCUAUUUCCCACUCUACUUGUUCUUCUCUUCGCACUUAUUUUCGUCAGCUGUCCUGUCUUUGUAGAUAUGUACACGAUAAUGCAGGUCUACAGUUUUUAUUUUCUUCCUAUUUGUUGUCAUACAUAAAAAUGAAAAAAGAAUACUAAUAAUAAUUCUCACGCUUUAAGACAAAAAGAAAAUCCAAAGACUGAACACUUUCACCAUUGGUGCAUAAAGAUGAGUAAAGAGGCUUCUUUAUACUUGAUAAUUUGUUGCUGUUUUUAAAGGAAAGAAAACAAAGUUUUAAAAGAUAAAGGAGUACGUAUCAAAGUUGCCGUUUUUGCUUCCUUGCGAGCAAACAGGUGGCUUUUUUACGUAAAUACCAAAAACCAAAAAGGGCCCCCUGUCCUUGCAUUGUGGAGUAGCACCGUUACAGAGCCAUUGCAGUUUGUAAGAUACAGUUAUGCAUCUUUCUUUGACGUUUGUCACAUUCAAUUGUCCAUUUUUUGAAGAUCAUGUUUGAGGUCUUGUCAAGGACAUACGUUUUGCUGCUAAUGUAGACUUUUGAAAGAAGACAAAAAAAAAAAAAAACGUACCUAGAUGCAUGCUUAUUUUGCUUUUGGCUAAGCUUUAAUGAAAAACAAACAAUAAACCAAUUUCUUGCCUCUGCAACACCUUUUUUUUUUUUGUUUCUUGUUGCAAAAACGGAACUUUGAAGACUGUGAAUAUGUAUGUUCCAAAGGACAUUUUGCUGAUUUUCUUUUUGAACAGACCAAUGUUUCCAAGCCAAUGAUCUAUGACGUUUGUAAAGAACAGUGCAUUCCUAUUACCACAGUGGAGUUUUCUUUCUUCACGAGCAAAGACUGAUCUUUUUGUCAUUUGAAUUCCUUAAACUGUCAAAAUCGAUUUUCACUCCAUUUUUCAUGCGGCUGUCAACUGUUUGUGUACAUUUUUACUGAACAGAGUGAUCUCCAAAGGUCCAUUUGUGCAAGCAUGGAACACUCCAUCCAUUUGAGGUUGUUGCUCACUUGUUAAGCAAGUCAUGGUAGUUACCAAAAAGUGUAUAUAAUACAUCUGGUACUGAUGUGUCUCCUAGCUUUUAGUCAUAUGUUUGCCAGUCAACAUACAGCUACUUUCAGAGGAGAAUGAUAGCUUUUUAACUGCGGUGCGGUUGCCCCCAGCAACGACUUGUUCCAGGUGUAAGCAGGGUGCCACACUUACGCAUAGAUUACAGGUCUGGAAGGGCAUCUUCAUUCCAAAGCAUUAUUUCUUGUCGGUUGGAGGUGUUUUUGGAGAUGUCCUUCAAUGUUCAAAUGGUUAGGAGGCUUUCAUGUCCCAAAGAAGUCACCCACUUCAUCUUAUUGCAAUGGAAAUGGAUGCACAUCGGUACAGUACCCCCACCCUCUCACUGAUGACAAAAUGUAUAUUUUUUCAACCAAAACCAAGACUUAUUUAAAUUUGUGAAAAAAAAACUUUCUUUUUUGACCAAUAUUGUAUAGCCAAUUUAUAUAUAGUAUAUACAAAUAAUCCCCCAAUAAUCUUUAAUGCGUUUUGGUGUUGAUACCAUAGCAUGCUGUUCAAAUCAUCACAUUGAGCCUGCAAGCUUGCCACUUCUCUGAUGUUCAAUCCCCUUAAAGUCUGUGUACUUUUUUUUUGUUUUUUAAUUUAUGCAUUUUAAAGUAUCAUAUGAUGUAUCAGACAUGUAUUUUCAUUUUCCUAUCGAUUUUUUUUUCUUUUACUGUAUAUUACUUUAAUCAUAAAUUAACACUAGCUUUAAUUUUAAGAUUUUAAGAAAAGGAAACAAAAUAUGUCCUGGCCACUUUAUGGAGAUUUCUUUUUUUUUUUGAGAUAUGAUUAUUUGUCUUCUUCCCAAAGUGUAAUCAUUUUGGCUUUGUAUGAAUGUGUUUGUGUGUGUGUUUUUAUUUUGUCUUACACACCAAAACUGAUUGAACCACAAAUCUGAGUAAAUUAGAAAAUCAAACGAUCGGAAGUGAACAUGAUUGCGAAGCACUGAGCAAUUUUUACUUUGAAUGUGGCCAAAGCUUUAUGCAGUUAAAAAAAAAAAAAGAAAAUGUGCCCCAACAUUAAGUGUAUAUUUUAUUGAAAUACUGCUGUGGAUUUCCACACUGCUACUUUGGGAUACUUGAUGGACAUUGAAAAGUGACAAGGAUUUGCUGUAGAGGUCAUCUUUGCCCACUGUGAAAAGGAGCGUGUAUCUGUAUACAGAUAAAGAUAUAUUUAAAACAAGACAUCAACAUUUUUUUUUCUUUAUUUCUGAGAUGAAGAAGGACUGAAAAGAAAAAAAAAAGAGCGUUGGUGCUCUUUCUGAGGAGGACACGAGAGGCUGUGGGCACACCACAACCGGGGCACGGGAGCCGAGGGCAGGGUCUGAAACAGCUUUAAAUACCACCUCCUUAUUUGAUUAGCGACAACUCCCAAUGGACUCUGGAACCAACGGACAUGAGUGACAGAGAGGACUGAAUCUUGAGUGGCUCCAGCUGCCUCUUUCCUCCUUUCUUUUCCCCCCGAUCUGCCUCUGCUUCCGCUCCUCUGAAGGACGUUUCCCAAAUUUCAGGACAGGACGGACAGAGACACUUGCCUCUUUCUCCUCCUUCAUGUUGCUACCUGUCGCCUUUUCCCCUCCGCUUGUCUUUUGGGUAACAAGUAAGGCUCUCAUGUCGCGCGGCAGCUCACCCUUCACUCUGUUGCUAUGAAAUGAAGAGCAGAGGAUGGGGUCGGGUUCUCUAAACUGUCAGUUUUUCCUAGAAAAAGAGGCAGUUUGUACACUUAAAGAAAAGCGUAUUAACCAAAAUCAACAACCAAACUAACAACCAAACAACCAUUUGCUCCAACUUCAAAGAUGAACUGUUACUUGGAGCGAUCUGUUCCUUUUGUGACUUCUGGUGCCACAAUGUUUUUGUUUGUUUUUAAAAACCUUUUGGACUUCUUUUGUUUCCUUAAAAUGACUCCUCGUUCGAGCCUCAUAAGCAUGGCUCUGUGGCUCCAGGCAGCCCAGCUGGGGGUAGAAAAAACAGCCUUGCAAUGUACAAAAAAGAGCAAGUUAAACCAAAAAUGUUGUUCUUGAUGUCUUUUCUAUACUGUAGUCUUGUUAGCUUUUUUGUUACUGUAAUUAUAUGAUGAAGAUUUCCAGACUGUACCAAAUGACAUGGAAACUAACAUACAGUACAAACACAACACACAUGGAACUUCAGACUUUUAAAGAAACUUUUUGUCACAAAACCUUGUUGUCCUAGUUAAGUUGAUUGUAGAUGGUAAUUGAAUAUACUCCUUUGAAAUAUUUCAUCAAGUAUGUUUCUUGCUCAUUGUGAUACAUUAAAAUAAGUAUGAGCAUACA